GUUCCUCAAAAAAGUGAAAGAAGCUGAGAGCAAUCCAGUAAUUCCUGUUAUUUGCAUGCUAUAUAAGGCAGCGAGUCUGAGGAGGUAACCAGCAACCAAGGUCCUUCCUAAGCCCUGAGGCCAGAAGAGCAGAGGAGCAAAAGAUGUCUCAGCCACUGGCCUCCCUGCUGCUUCUCCUGCUGUGCAUCAGCAGCACGCAGGCCACUCAGGCCCUAACGAUCUGCUCCUUCAAUGUGAGGUCCUUCGGAGAAGCCAAGAAGGGCAAUGGGGAAGUCAUGGAUGUCAUCGUCAAGGUCAUCAAGCGCUGUGACAUCAUGCUCCUGAUGGAAAUCAAGGACAGUAACAACAUAAUUGGACCCAUGCUGAUGGAGAAGCUGAAUGGAAAUUCAAGAAGCACAACAUACAACUAUGUGAUUAGUGAUCGGCUUGGAAGAAACAAAUAUAAGGAACAGUAUGCCUUCCUCUACAAGGAAAAACUAGUGUCUGUGAAGAAACACUACCUCUAUCACGAUAAUCAGGCUGGAGACGUAGAUGUAUUUUCCAGGGAACCCUUUGUGGUCUGGUUCCAGUCACCCCACACUGCUGUCAAGGAUUUCGUGAUUGUCCCCCUGCACACCACCCCGGAGACGUCCGUUAAAGAGAUUGAUGAGCUGGUUGAUGUCUACAUGCACGUGAAACGCAGCUGGAACGUGGAGAAUUUCAUUUUCAUGGGCGACUUCAAUGCCGGCUGCAGCUAUGUCCCCAAAAAGGCCUGGAAAGACAUCCGCCUGAGGACUGACACCAAGUUUGUUUGGCUGAUCACGGACCAUGAAGACACCACAGUGAAGAAAAGUACCAAAUGCGCCUAUGACAGGAUCGUGCUUAGAGGACAAGAGAUCGUCAGCUCUGUGGUUCCCAAAUCGAGCGGUGUCUUUGACUUCCAGAAAGCUUUUGGGUUGACUGAAGAGAAGGCCCUUGAGGUCAGUGACCACUUUCCAGUUGAAUUUAAACUAGGGCCUUCAAGGGCCUUCACCAACAGCAAAAAAUCUAUCUCUCCAAAGAAGGGAAGAAAGGGCCGCCGCUCCUAGAUAUAAGGGUAUCAUUUUGUUGACCAUUUCUUAACUCGAAAUAAAACUGCUCUGCCAGUGUGAACUGCUCCUGCCUUCAGAAAACUGCUUUCAUCUUUCAACUUGAAUCUGACCUGCGCCAAACAGGGAGGAGAGGCUUCUAUGAACCCUCUCGAGCUCAUGCCCCUCUGAAUUGCCCAAAAGGUAACUGGGGGCUUUUACAGUUCAAAGGGAUGGUCUUCACAUCCUGAGCUGGAGUCCCAUCAGCUGUCACUGCCACUGCUGUCCCUCUGCAGUGAGAGAAGCUGCAGGAGGAGGAAGAACCUCAGUUCUUCAUCUUCAGGACGGGAUCCUCUUCCACUGGAAAUGACCAGAAAUGCCAAGACCCCAACUGCACUCCACGGUUUGGACAAGUGACUCUUUUAGGGAUAUGUUCUCUCCUGUCUGAGGUCAAGUCACCAUUGUACCUCUCAGGGAUGGAGGGUAAAGUCCACACCCCACUGGUCUCCCUGUUUCUGAAUUAUCCUCCAACUCUGUAACCACCAGAGUCAUUUUGAAAUUCCAUUCUGACUACAAGCCACCCUGGUCCUAUCUGUGUAUAAAUCCCACAGGGGCUCCCAUCGAGGAGGAGCCCAGAGUGUUUGGAUACCUGUGAAGUUUUCUCUUACUGAUUUAUGAUGUCGGCCUCACCAGGCCAGCUUCCACCCCGUACUAUAUCACCAGUACAGUACUUCUCCUUCCCUGCACACUCCAAACCCUUCCUCCCUCUGCGCCCUGGCUCUGCCCAGGUGCCCUGCCCCCACAUGUGCCUGCCCUGAGGGUCAUAGUCAUUGUGCUUGACACCAAGAUCAGUAUAAGGGCUCCUGGGAGGACCCAUUGUGACAAAGGUCCUGGGGCUAAGGUUGACAGGGGUUUGAGUAUUUUGUUAUCUUUGGGCCACAAACCAAUACAGCAUCUAGCAACAGCCAGUUUGCCAGCAUCUAUGGUGACCAUUUAUGUUUGUUUUGUUUUCCCUCAUAUUAUUUCUUUGCUCAAGUAGGAAAUGAACAUGUAUAAUCAUGCAAACAGUACCAAAGAAUAAGCAGCGACAGGAAUGUCCCAACCUGACCUCCACCCCCUAGUUUCCUAGCUCAGAAGUAACCCCUCUUACCAGCUUGCGGUGUUCUUCUAGAGUCUAUGCAUAAGUGAGCACUCAAUGUUGCCUUGUACAGUACAGAAUAUAGCGUACCGUGCACACAGUUCCACCCCUUGCUUAUUUUCCUUAAUAUAUCAAGUGUGUCUUUGAUAUAAGAGAAAUAGACCAUAGCCUGAUUUUUGAAAUUUGGUAACAUCUGAAGAAAUAAAAUAAAAAUUAAAAGGGGGAAUCAUUUUCCCCGAACUUCUCAAUUAAAUUCUCAGAUGUCUUAUUGGAACUAGAGGAGGGUGGCAAGGCUGCUAAGGCUCUAUCAGGGCCUCCCCUGGUGGCACAGUGGUUGAGCGCUGGGCUGCAAAGCUGCCAGCAGCCUCUACAGCGCCGGUUCGAUCCCCAGCCACCGGCAAGGGUCCCACAUGGCGUGACAGACCUCUCCUGCUGCGCCUGCUGCUCCCCUCAGCAGUGUAUUUCAUCACACUGCCUGUUCUGUUCCCCGCUCUGGCUCUGGUGAAUUCUCUUACCCUCCCGCGCUUCUGACUGUACCCAGU